GUCUUCCGUUCCUCUCUCUUUCCUUUCUUUCUUGUCCAUUACCUGCAUCGUCCUUUGUCCCUCCCCUCCCCUCCCCGACCUCAGCCUACCUCGCACAUCCAUGGGACCAAAGCUCACCCUCGAACAUGCAGGGGUGGUUUCUUAUUCUAGACCCAUCGACCGACCAAUCACGCAACCGGUACGAUGUCAUAACGUGAAAAGAACGCAGCUCGGAAAUGUUCCCUCCCCCUCCCACUAGACCAGACCAGACUUCACUCCAAACUCCCCAAAAUAUUAAAACAAGAAGGGAACGCUUCCCUCCCGCGACACCUCCGCGAGUGAGAUUAAUACCGUCCAGAAUCUGGCAUGAAUGGGAGGCUUUCUGCUCUCCUUUGUGCCCCCCCCAAGCAGAUGAGAGCAAAAGUGUGCAUUUGGAUUUGGAUUUUGGGGUGGAAUGUGAAAAAGUAACAUGCACAUUUGUUUUAAUUCGAGAUGGUGUGUGUAUCUAGGUACUGUUGCCAAUAAAGUAUAUCCUCCCAUUUUGCCCAUAGCAAUACCGUACGAGGUAGCACGUCCAAGGAAAUUCCAACCAUCGUAGGGAAAAACAUGGAAUGCCGUGAUAAGUUGCUUCUUCUCUAAUCAUCAAUCGUCAAUCGUCAAUCGUCAAUCGUCACUCAUCACUCAUCACUCAUCAAUCAAUCGAUCGAUCAAUCUAACCACCAACCCAAUCUUCGGAACUCUCCUUAGACCUCACUCACAACUUACCUACCUUGACUCCAUUAAUCUUUUUUCUCUUUCACACCUUUCUCUCUCUCUCUCUCUCUCUCUCUCUCUCUCUCUCUCACAGCUUUGGGCUGGCUGGCCGAAGUAUUGUAUGGUGAUCUUUCAAACUCAAACUCAAACUCAUAUCGAAUCCAAUCCAAUCCAAUCCAAUCCUCUCCUCUCCUCUCUCCAAUUCCUCUUUUUUCUCUCCAAUACUUUAUUAAGAACACGGUUUGACAAUUCGAAGCCGCGGAAACGGCAAUCGAUCGCAAUAUUGUAUCGAUAUACCUACAUACCGACCUACCUGCCUGCCUGUCUAGGGACCUACCAUUGUGAUCACGUCCACGCAUUGCUUUCCAACUAUCCAUUACUUCUUCCUUUCCUUAAUCAAUUCACUCCAAACUUUGUCGUCCGAUAUAUUCGACGUCUUCACGGUAUACCUACUACAUCGCGAUUCAUGGGAAUGUCAUUUCUCUUCUUGGCUGUUGUUUGAGUGAUUGAUGAUUGUGAUAAGAGAGAAGUUUUUAAUUUCGUUGUAUCAAUAACCCAUCAAGAAAAAAAAAAAAGAAAAUACUCCAGUCGUCCCGUACCAAUUCCAAAUUCAGAGCCAAAAUUCAAGAAAUCCGAAUCGUCUCAUUCUCCUCGUUGUCGCAUCGCAAACCUUCGGCAUCCUAUCCAUGGAGCGCUAAAUCGAUAAAACUAUAAACUUCAUACCUGGUUCUUAUAUAUGGGAGUGGAAGCGGUGCCAAAUGCAAAUAUGGACUCGAGAUUUCAUGCUACAGUGAUGCGACGGGCGGAAGACGAGCAAGAAGAGGCUGUAUCUUCAAUAAGGCGCGAUGGAAUAAUGAAUGGACCAAGCACGACCAGCGCCAGCGGCUCAAACACAAUUCACGGCGUUGCUUCACCGAGACAACAAUCACAGACUGAAAUUCGUUCAAUCCUUAACCCAUCAACCUUUUCACCUGGCGCACAUCCACAAUUCAAUCAAUAUCAUCAGCCAACGGCCGCACCUCAACUUGUACAGCCAGCACACACUCCUCUUCAACCAGCUUCAGCUUCAGCCUUGGGUUCAAGUCCCCCUUUGUAUCAAAAGGAAAGAGAUUCUACUUAUCAACGCGAUCAGAAACCACCCAGCAACUACUACGACCCGACUUCCGACUCGAGUGAGAGACGACCUACGGUUACGGAAUCUCUAUGGAGCGAUAGGGAAGCUAAGACAUCACAAAAUCGUGAAUCGUAUCCAUACAACCAAAAUCAACCACCCGAAUCAUCCGCGAAUGGUUCACUAAAUCAAUAUAACGGCGGCUAUACAUCUCCCGUUAAUUCUCAUUUUCCACCGCGUUCCCCCAUCUCACACGCGCACCCACAAGGUCGCGUACCUCCUCCGGUCACACAAUCGCCACGAUUGACCACGAUGGAAUCGCCGGUUAGUCGCCAUAAUGGUGUAGGUGGAGGGCCGGUACAGCAUGACAGGCCAGUCAUUAAACAAGAACCUGUACCAGCUAGUACUCCAAGCAGACCAGCAGACCCAAUGUCCUUCUCGAGUAUAUUAUCUAGCGCUGCUCCUGAACCAACGCCAACGCCAAAACCUCAGCCAACUCCCACCCCCGUCGUAUCAAUGCCUCGCAAACCUGCCCGACAAGCUAUGCCUACCUUGAAGCCGGAACCCUCUCCGGCCCCUAGUUCUCGACAGUCUUCCAUCGCACCAGCUCCUCCUCCACCAGCUACAACCUCACGAGUACCCGCAAAGCGCAAGGCAAAUGGAGAAGCAAAAUCUACACCCAAACCCAAACCAUUCACAAAGGAUCAAGAAAGGGAUAUUGUUAUUUUGAUGUCAAAGCUGGAUGGAGAACCAGGAGAUAGCGAUAUGGAAUUUGCAGAAGAAAGGAAACUGUACAAGACACGAUCACUGAAACGAAAAAUCGAAGUCGAGAAUCUUGAAAUCGCCAAAACCAAGAAGCGUCGAACUGAUUAUUCCAACUUGAUGACCAAGAAGAUGUCAAAGCAUGCUAAAGCGGGCGAGGAGCGCUACCGAGAGGUUGAAGGGGAUGCAGCCAUCUCCAAAGUCCAAGCCGAUGAGAUCCAAACAGAAAAGGAGCGUAAGAAAGAUAUGCAGAGGAAACGUCGUCGCGAAAAGACUGUUCAGCAUAACAUGGAAGCAAAGGAACUGGCUUUGGCCAAGGCUAAAGAAGCACUGGAUGACCAGGAUAGAAACAAGUUCCUUCGAGAUGCCCAGAGAGCAGAAAAGAAGGCGCAGCAAACUAAAUUGGUACUUGCCAGAGGUGAUAGGGGUCCAGAGAUUCGAGCAGUUUCGCCCAUGGAGCCUAAUAUGCAGGGUGGCAGUAUGUCGACAUUUACAGCUGUGGAUCCCGAUUCAACCAAGAAACCAAAACGCGGUGGUGCUCGACCUAGAAAGUCCAAGGAGCAGAAGCAAGCAGAAAAGGAUUCGGCAGCAGCAGCUCAAGAGGCAAUCGACAAAGGAGAAUCACCAGCGCUCAUGCCAAUUAGGGAUGCAACAGAGUUUAAAGAUAUGAAGCCACUUCCAUCAAAGGAAGGAGGUACAAAGAUCAAGCUCAAGUUAAAGGCGCCAGCAGAACCAGUGGAAGUCAAGGAAGAAUCUCCCCCUGCCCCUGUUGAUCAACACAAUACGAAGAUGUUCCACGUUGUCUAUGAUCAAAUUUGGAAGGAUCUCGCCCGAAAAGAGGUCCCCAAGGUUUUCAAAAUGGCUAUGGAUUCUUACUCCAUUCGAGGAUCGAAUUUGAAGAAGACUGCAAUCCUAGCGUCAAAGGAAGCCAAACGAUGGCAAUUGCGAACAAACAAGGGCACCAAGGAUCUUCAGGCUCGUGCCAAACGCGUCAUGAGAGAGAUGAUGUCUUUCUGGAAACGUAACGAACGUGAAGAGCGUGAUACUCGAAGAGCCGCUGAGAAACAGGAGAUUGAAAAUGCCAAGAAAGCCGAGGCCGAUCGUGAAGCGAACAGACAAAAGAGGAAGCUCAACUUCCUUAUUUCACAGACUGAACUUUACUCCCAUUUCAUUGGCAAGAAGAUCAAGACGGACGAAGUCGAGCGAUCUACCGAUCACCCUGAUGUUGCGGCUCCGGCUGAGGCAAAUCACUCGACACCAGAUCAGAUUGAUUUACCUGAAGGUUCUGCUCCUGCAAAAGUUACGAAUUUUGAAGAUCUUGACUUUGAUGCUGAGGAUGAAUCUGUAUUGAAGGCUGCUGCAAUGGCAAACGCUCAAAAUGCGAUUCAAGAAGCGCAAAAUAAGGCUAGAGCGUUCAAUAAACAAGAUGAUGCACCUGCUAUGGAUAAUGACGGGGAGAUGAACUUUCAGAAUCCUGCCGGUAUGGGCGAUGUCGAUAUUGAACAACCCAAGAUGCUUCAAGCUCAACUCAAGGAAUAUCAACUCAAGGGUCUUAAUUGGCUUGUCAAUCUUUAUGAACAAGGUAUCAAUGGUAUCUUGGCAGAUGAGAUGGGUCUCGGCAAAACUGUUCAAUCUAUCUCGGUUAUGGCUUAUUUGGCGGAGAAACAUGGCAUCUGGGGUCCAUUCUUGGUCGUUGCUCCUGCAUCAACACUCCACAAUUGGCAACAAGAAAUUACCAAAUUCGUUCCCAAGCUAAAGGUGCUACCAUACUGGGGUACAGCGGCUGAUCGAAAGGUUCUUCGAAAAUUCUGGGAUCGCAAGCAUAUCACUUAUACCGAGGAAGCUCCUUUCCAUGUCCUCAUUACAUCCUAUCAACUCGUCGUUUCAGAUGUCGCUUAUUUCCAAAAGAUGAAGUGGCAAUAUAUGAUUUUGGAUGAGGCUCAAGCUAUCAAGAGUUCACAAAGUUCUAGAUGGAAGAGUCUACUUGGUUUCCACUGCAGAAAUCGUCUGCUCUUGACCGGUACUCCGAUUCAAAAUAACAUGCAAGAACUUUGGGCUCUAUUGCAUUUCAUCAUGCCUAGUUUGUUCGAUUCUCAUGACGAAUUCAGUGAAUGGUUCUCCAAGGAUAUUGAGAGCCAUGCUCAAAGUAACACCAAACUUAAUGAGGAUCAACUCAAACGUUUGCACAUGAUUCUCAAGCCGUUUAUGCUUCGUCGUGUUAAGAAGCAUGUGCAAAAGGAAUUGGGUGAUAAGAUUGAAGAAGAUAUUUUCUGUGAUCUUACUUAUCGUCAAAGAGCAUACUACAGCAACCUUCGAAAUCAAAUCAGUAUCAUGGAUCUCAUCGAGAAAGCGACCAUUGGAGAUGAUAAUGAUACUGGUACUUUGAUGAAUUUGGUAAUGCAAUUCCGAAAGGUUUGUAAUCAUCCAGAUCUUUUCGAGCGUGCCGAAACUACUUCGCCUUUAUCUUUCAGUUACUUUGCCGAAGCCGGUUCAUUCUUGAGAGAAGGUCCUAAUGUUACCGUGGCCUACUCGGCACGUAAUUUGAUCCAGUAUUCAUUACCUCGACUGAUAUGGCGUGAAGGUGGAAGACUUGACUUACCUGGACACGAUAAUGAAGGUGCCGGUGUCAAGGCCAAAUGUUUGGAAUCGCUUUUCAAUGUUUGGAAGCCUGAAAAUAUUGUUGACAGUUCCGAAGAAGAUGGCGCGUUUUCAUGGCUUCGUUUUACAAAUACCUCGGUUCAAGAGGCAUCUGCAGCUUCAAGCAAAGACUUAUUUGCUCGUGCUGUGGACAUUGUAAAGAAGCCACAAACCCUUGGUAGGCUCAGCAUUGUCUAUGAUGAAGAGGAAGACAAGAACUAUACCCCAGCUCACGCCAUGCUUCAAAUUGUCGAUAGAAAUGAUCGCAAGCCUCUUGCUGAAGUUACAAAUGAGGGUUAUCUCAACAAACUCUUCAAUGUCGCUAAAGAUGUUUGGGAUGAAUCUGGUAUAAGCCGAAUGGAGCAAUGUGGUCGACCAAGUGCAACCGCUCCUCCUAUUGAAGUCGAUUGUUCCAGUCGGGGUGCUCUCCUCGAGAGACAAAAGAUUUUGUUCAAUGUUUCCAUGAGACGUGCCUUAUUUGGUCCUUCACCUGUUGAAGAAAAGGCCUUUAUUACCUCCAAGGUUUCACCAUCAUUCUAUCCACCAACGCCAAUGUUACCAGUACCUACCUCCGAAAAACAACGCUUCACCAACAUCAAAGUACCAUCAAUGCGUCGCUUUGUUACUGAUUCCGGUAAACUUGCUAAGCUUGAUGCUUUACUCACCAAGCUCAAGGAAGGUGGUCAUCGUGUUCUUUUAUACUUCCAAAUGACACGUAUGAUUGAUCUCAUGGAAGAGUAUUUAACAUAUCGCAAUUAUAAAUACCUUCGUCUUGAUGGUUCUACCAAGCUUGAGGAUAGAAGAGAUACUGUUCAUGAUUUCCAAACUCGACCAGAAAUUUUCAUCUUUUUAUUAAGUACAAGAGCUGGUGGUUUGGGUAUCAAUCUUACAAGUGCUGAUACAGUCAUCUUUUAUGAUUCUGAUUGGAAUCCUACAAUUGAUAGUCAAGCUAUGGAUCGUGCUCAUCGUUUAGGUCAAACGAGACAAGUUACCGUUUAUCGUAUGAUUACUCGUGGUACGAUUGAAGAACGAAUCCGCAAGAGAGCACUUCAAAAAGAAGAAGUUCAAAAGGUCGUUAUGACUGGUGGUGCAGGUGGUGGUGUUGAUUUCAAUGCCAGAAGUAAAGAGAAUAGAACCAAGGACAUUGCAAUGUGGUUGGUGGAUGAUGAGGAAGCUGCGGAAAUUGAGAGAAAGGCAGCUGAACAGGCGAGAUACGAAGCUGAGAAUCCUAAUCUGAGUAAGAAGGGCAAGGGUAAAGGAAAGAAGGCUAAGGAGGGUGCUGGCAGUUUAGAGGAUCUUUAUCAUGAGGGCGAAGGACAUUUUGAUGAUGGAUCUAAUAGACCUAGUGGUACUGCAACACCUAUUGCAGGUGAUUCUGGUACGAAAAAGGGAUCAAGUAGUCGAAAGACUGCUAGUGGUGGGAGAAGUAAAAAGGCCAAAACAGCUAAAGAGAGAUUGGCUAUGGCAGAUGGAGAUGUGGAUAUGGCAUAGAAGCAUAGGGAUACAAGGGGAUACGGGUCUCAUAAAGGGAUAAUGGGUGGAUUGAUAUGGAUUGUACGAUUGCUUAAUAAUAUUAUGAUGGGGAUUUGCAAAUGGAAAAUCAUCAUUGGAGAAUGAAUGGGCAAUGGGGGGAAAAGUAAGAGAUUUUAAGAAAACUUGAGAUUAUUAAGAAGUCAAUGCAGAUUUAAAGGAGAAGCAUGGAUGGAUGGAUUGACAUGAGCUUGGCUUGCUUGAGCUGUGGCUGAAAUGGAAAAUGUCA